AUGACCAGCCCAGAUAUAAUGAAAGACAAACCGUUCGACGAUUUUUUGCUAACGCAGUCAGUCUUUGAACCUUUUGGUCUCAUAGUUCUCUAUCUGGUUCUCGUUACGAAAAUUGGACCAAACUUCAUGAAAAACAGGGAACCAAUGCAACUGAAACCUGGUUUCCCAGAUUUAAAAUCUGUUAGUAUAUUGUGUACUAUUACCUCCCGAGACUCUUUUUCCAUUGUAACAUUACACCACAAAUACGUGUUGCUCAAAUUGUUCGACUUUUUGGAAACGGGUAUUUUUAUUUUGCGCAAAAAGGACAAGCAAGUUUCUUUUUUACACGUGUUUCACCACAUUGGGGUUUUUUUAAUGUCUUGGAUAGGUCUCAAGUAUAGUCCUGGAGGUCCAAAUUAUCUGUCUGCUUGUAUAAAUUGUCUUGUUCACGCAAUCAUGUAUUGUUAUUAUUUACAAAGUAUGUGGACGAAUCAGAAACAUCAGUGGUGGAAAAAAUACAUCACGGUGCUUCAAGUGGGUGGCAACUCGUUCAUCCUUUUAAACUAUGUUAUACAUUUGCUGAAUCCGUUUUGUUCUUUCCCUAAGUGGAUUUUGGUGAUUAAUUUAGUUUAUAUGUUGGUGAUACUGUAUUUAUUUGGUGUUUUUUACAAGAAGAGCUAUGUAAAGUCAGAAAUAGUCUUCGCUGCAGAUGCUAGUCUCAUCCCCACUUUUUCCUCAUUUUCGUUGUGGAGAACAGGGACAAAUACCAACUAA